AUGCCCGAAUACCACUCUUCCCAGCAUGGGCCCGUCAACCUCCUGUCGCUCGAUGGCGGUGGUGUCCGGGGUGUCUCAUCGCUUGUUAUUCUCGACGCGAUCAUGAACCAGAUCAAGGAUCUGUACCAGCUCCCAGAAACCCCGAAGCCCUGCGAAUUCUUCCACAUGAUCGCCGGAACCAGCACUGGGGGGCUCAUCGCUAUCAUGCUUGGGCGGCUGCGGAUGUCGACGCAAGAGGCCCUCGAGGCAUAUGAUGAAUGUGCUACGAAGAUCUUCUCAAGACAAAAUCGCAAGCGGUCAAGCUUAUCGGACAGAUUCAAAGCUGUUGCCCUUCAAAAAGCCAUCGAGGAAAUCGUGAAAAAGCGCGGGCUUGGCGACGAUAUGCGAGACCCGGAUGACACUGACAAAGGCAAGGUCUUUGUGUGCACCAUGCCGUCUAAUAACAUAGGCCAGCCUAGACUUGUACGCUCUUAUUAUCCGGAUCCGGGGCUUGGGGAUGAUUGGGACGAGGAUGUCAAAGUCUGGGAGGCCGCAAGAGCAACUACGGCCGCUUCAUCGUUCUUCAAGCCGCAGAAGCUGGGAAAGGGGCAUUUGGCGCAGGCGUACAUUGACGCAGCAAUCGGCAGCAACAAUCCAGUGAACUAUCUUCUCCCAGAAGCACGUGGGGAGUUCGGUACUGCGAGACGACUUGGUUGUGUGGUGAGCAUUGGCACUGGCACCCGGAAUAAUGAACUCGACAGGGAGUCGGUGAGCGGGAUGCGAAGUUUCCUCACUCUUCAAGGGCUACGCAAUGUCUUUGGCAUGGUCAAAACGCUCAAGAACACGGCGACCGACGCAGAGGAGUCUCAUCGACAGCUCUUAGCACGGCUGAACUCGUUUCCCGAUUCAUAUUAUCGCUUCAACGUACCCUCGGCCGCUGCGCAAGUCAAACUGCACCACUAUCGGAAAAUUCCAGAGCUCAAGUCCCUGACAGCUCAAUACCUCGCCGGGCCAGAAAUUUCGGGCCAGGUCGUGCAGGUCGCGCGGGCGCUGAAAACAGGCAUAUUUCACCAUGGACUCACACUGGGUCUUGUCCAUGAUCUGGACCCGGAGCAGGUACUUCUUCAGACCCACAAUCCUCGAUCCAGGGGCAUGACAAGCGCCUUUUUCACCGGAAGAGAAGAUGUCCUGCAGAGAUUAGACACAUUUUUCCCCCAACGCGACACUGGUGGGAAACCUCGGCGAGAGUUCCUGCUUCACGGAAUGGGCGGUGUUGGGAAGUCUGAAGUCGCCCUUAAAUUUUCCGAAGUUUUCGAAGAAAGAUUCAAAUACAUAUUUCAAAUCGACGGGUCGAUGCCUGCUACAGUCGCUCAAAGUUAUGCGGCAAUUGCUAAAAAGUAUAAUCUCGCCUCCCAGGGGAGUGUCGAAUCCUUGAUGAACGUUGCGAAGCGUUGGAUAGAGGAGCAAACAGACGAAUGGCUCAUGAUAUUCGAUGACUGCGAUUUGGAUGAUCGGGACGGCCAUCUUCCUGGGAGAGGGAAAGGGAGCAUCAUCUACACGUCCCGGUCAACCGUACUUAGAGGCGACCUUCCUUCUGAUUGCUCCCUCGAAAUCGAAUGCUUCUCCGAAGAACAUGCGAUCGAACUUCUUCUCAAAGCAUCCGGGCGAGAAUCCGGGCCUGACGCCGAAGAUCUUGAUUCGGCACGAGCUAUUAUCCAGGAGGUUGGCUCCUUACCCAUGGCCAUUAGCAAUGCAGCAGCAACCAUCAGGGAACGGAGAUCAUCCUUGGACCGUUUCCUCAAGAAAAUCAAGGAAGAAAAGGUUCGCAUCCGCUCAGACCCUCGUUUCAAGGGCAAGAAUAUUGAGAACACAGCAGUCUACGCCGUCCUAGAAGUCUCUUACGAAGCACUCAUGACGCAAAGGAGAAGAACUGGGAGGGGUGGGUCGGGCGCCGCGGCGCGCGUUGCAGCCAAAGUUCUCACGAUUCUAAGCUUCUUCCAUCAUCAAAAUAUUCCAAUAGAGACUCUAACGAGGGUAGCUAAAGAGAGGGCAACCCAGAAGACGAAUUUAAUCGUCCCUCUGAGGGACUUGGUGAGCCCACCCGACCGGGACUUGGACCGUCUCUUUAUGCUGAAGGAGGACGGUGAAUGGAACCCCCACUACUUUGGCGUGGGGAUGAACGUCCUCGAGGCGUUUUCGUUGAUCAAAACUAACGCGCAAAAUGCCACCAUUUCGAUGCACGUCAUGAUUCAUGAUUGGGCACAGGACAGGCUGGACGCCGAGAUGUACAGGCAGUACGAUAAUUUGACGAGGACUAUUCUUACCGAAUCCAUUUUCAUAUCGCAGAACUGGACUGACUCCUUUUUUGUCCAUGAAUUGCAACCGCACCUCGAUCCUGCUCUCAAACGAGGCUCACCCUGGUCUCCGCACGAGAAUCAUCAGGGCUGGUUGCAUCUUAGAAUCGGCUGGUACCACUUCCUCGCGAAGGAUUUCAAGGCGGCCGAGAAAGCGUUUUUGGAUGCUUUGAGCAUUUGCAAGGUGCAAAAACGCCUUCAGAUCGGGGAUCUACUUCAGACCUUGGCUAAUUUGGGUUUACUAUAUCAUGAGGUCGGACGAUUGGGGGAAGCUGAGCUUGUGUUCUGUGAGCUUAUCGACAGGGUCAGGGGCAAGAUUAUGGACUAUGAAGCCCUCUUAGUGGAACACCGGGGUGAAGCCAAUAACCAGGCAGAACAAGAAAGAACAACUCAGGAACGGCAUGAGAAGCAACGGCUGGGUCGCGCCUACCGCGAGGGCUUGGAUGCAUUUGCGAAGCGCCUAGGAAAAGUCGAUGCCGAGGCGCUGCCUAGCACUAUUUUGCGACGAUGCCUGCCCCAGAUUUUACAAGGCUGGCACAAUGGUACAAAAUUAUCUGGACCUAGGGGACCAAGACCUGGCCACCCAGACAUCAAAAAACUCGAGGAUGAGGUUCAGCACCUCCAGCUGCUGCAUACAGAGAUCCACGCCGAGCUAGCAAGAGUGUACGUGAGCCAAGACCGGAUGGGCCAGGCCAAGAGUCUAUUUACGCAAGCACUGCGGUUCUUCAAGGAGGACGGGUAUCUAUCACAUCAGAGUCCAUGGAUUAUGCGACUGGAACACGCUAUGAAAACCUUCACAGACCCCGGAGACCUACCAUACUGGAAGGGUCGUAUCGACAUGACGUCGGAUCUUGCGGACACAGGGUACCGUGACUUUCCGGAACAUGACGGGUUUUUGGAGUUGGCGAUUGCUUGGACGAACUGCCUGAUGAAAAACAACAUGUGGGACGCCGCGCUCAAUUACCAGGAGAAAAUUCGUCAUCACUUUGUCAUGAUUCGAGGACCCAACGACUGGAAGGUUUUGGGGUUAAUGCGGCAGCUGGUGGACUGUUAUGUGCACCGCGAAGGGCGCGGGCCGGCCGUGAAAAUCGCAAGGGAAUGCGUUGACCGGGCAGAAAAGACAUAUGGGGAAAACCAUCAUGAGACGGUGUUGUCGAUGGAGAAGCUUUGCGAAGCGCUCCAGUUCGAAACCUUGGACGCGGAUGAUGAGGUGACAACAAUUUUGCAAAGCGCGCUUGCCAGAUCAGAGAUAGCUCUGGGCGCGAACCACCGGACGACGAAACGGAUCAAAGAAUGGUUCCUUCUCUCCAGAUCAACUUCCAAGCAGCCCAAGGAACUUCCCAUCGAACCAAACGGAGAACGUGUGAACGGCAUCAAUUGGCAAGAUAGCAUAGACCUCCUGAAUGAUUUCACUGCUACCUUGGGUGAGCAACACAUCCUCACCAAACGCCAAGCACGCCUUGUUGGCGAUGGGCCGCCGAGUACGUUUGAAGAGUACGUCGAAAGAGUGCAGGCGUCUUAUGGGCCACAGAGUCGAGUAGCGAAAGCGGCAGCGAACUUCCUCGGAACGUGGCAAGAGCAAGCAGCGGAAAUAAGGAGGCUUAAACAGCGGGCCGAGCCGCGACACGGCGAAGGCCUCCCCGAGUAUUGUACAUGCGGCGAGCUAGUACACGCCGAGGGGUCAAAGGCGCAUCGGGUGCCCAUACCAAUUUACUUUGAGGGCCGGGACAUCGGGGCCACUGGAGCCCGCUAG